AUGUCUCUGCAGGCCUGGGAGUGGGAAGAUGAGGACCCAGGAAACAUGGAACCCAUCUCUUCUCUGGCAAGUUUUUAUCAGUCCUUGAGUGAUCGUGACAUGGAGGAAUACCUCAGGGCCAAGGCCAGGGCCCAGGAGUCAGACUCUGAUGACCACUUCAGCAUGGACUCCUCAGUCAAGACUGCUAGCACCUUUGACUCAGACGUGCCCCAGGUUGUCCCCUGCAAAUUUGUUAUUUCACUUGCUCUCCCAGCAAAUGCAAAUCAAAAAGGAAAAUACACAAAUUUUACUGAUAAAUAUAAGAAACACCUUAAACUGGACAAUCGUACUUCAAAGGCUCGACGUUUCUAUCAUAUUGAGUAUGUCCUCCUGCCCGAUGAUGGAGAACUGAAAAAAAUUGAUCUAGUGGUAUUUCCAGGAGUCGCCAAAGUGUUCCUGGACUCAGUAGUAAAGACAGUGAAGCCAUGGCGAGAAGGUAACAAAAUCUGGGUGUCAUGGAGCCAAAGUUUCAAUGUCAACAUGACAAAGGAAUUAUUAAAGAAAAUAAAUUUUCACAAGAUCACCUUGAGGCUCUGGGACACCAAGGACAAGGUUUCCAAGAAAGUGAGGUACUAUCGUUUGAAGGCUGGUGGUUACUCGGAGGACACAGGAUCUUUUGGUAAGUCUGAAGUAAGAAAGUUGGUUUUGAAUCAGAAAAAGAUGUCUGAAACCGAUACUGAGAGAGUCAGCACUAUCAGAGAGAAGGAACAUCUGCCAGGAUCAAAAGAAAAGGCAGAAAAGCACUCACAGUCUCAGCAAGGUUCUCAUCAAGCAGACACUGAAAUUUCUUCCAAGAACAGUGAAGAAUAUGAAAAGUCACUCAAAACGGAUGAUCUUUCCCCAUUUCGAAGAAGUACUUCCAGAACAACCACUUCAUUGGCAGGAACAGCCACGUUGGAUAUUAAGGAAUUAAUUGAGAGAACAUCAUUAAGUAGCUUAACAAACAUAUCAGAAAAGCAUAAGUCUCAAUUGAAAGGAAAAGAUUCAGAGUGGAAGAGGAAAUACCCACAGAAAGGGAAGAAAUCUCGAGCAGAAGAUGACAUAGAAGCUAAGUUGGCAGAAGCCUGGGAGCAGAGCACCUUCUCUCUGCAGCUGGCAGUGAUGCCGCUCCUUGCUGGAUGGCACACUGUCGUAAGUCGUGGCAGUGAGAAGUCUGCCAACAUUUUAGAUUGCUUUUUGAGUUUAGAAACAGAGGUUCCCAUCAUGACAGAGGAGCAAAAGCAGGACCUAAACCCCCUAACCAUAAAGAUCAAGUGUGCUUCCUGCCUUCCUUCACAGCCUGUGCCCAUGCAGGAUCUAGAGAGGCUGUGUGAACCUGUGUACUGCAGGUAUCAGUUCUACAAGACUCCAGUUCACAAGACAAAGGGGGAGCAACACGGAACCCAUGUCUAUUUCCAGGACAUCAAUGUCAUCUUCCUUGGAGCCAUCCACCCCAGUGACCUGAGGGAGUACCUGCAGGGCCCCCCUAUGGUGGUAGAAGUUCAUGACCGAGACUGGAAGUCAGAAGAGUAUUCUCACAAGCUCACUCCAUUUGGGGAGAAUCCUCUGGAUCCAUACAUCAACCUCCAGACUCUCAUCUCUUCUACAGAGACAGAGAACAAUCCUUUCACAUCCCAGAAUAAGGCAUGGGACCCUUAUGGGGUUGCCCAGGUCAGCUUUGCUGACCUGCUCCUUGGCCACAAGUACCUGAACCUGGUUGUCCCCAUACACAACUGUGAGCCUAAGGGCACAAGCCACAGCCAGGCCAUCAGGAGCAGAAAGUCUGUGGGGUCCCAAGUCCCCACAGAUGUCCUCCAGGUCAGCCCAAUGCCCAUGGGCAACUACCUGGAGGCCAAUUCUCUGCUCAAACUGCGAGUGGACGUUGCAGUGCCCUUGAGUGUUGGAGUCAAAGCCUCUGAGGCAGACCUCACGGCCACCCGGUUUGGUCGCAUUGUUUUUGUGUUUGACUCCGGGAAGCGAAUCCUCCUGCAGAACUUGCUGCAGGAUAUCACUGUCAUCAAUGCCAAGGCCCUGGAGCUGGACCUGUACCCCACCGAGACCAUCCAGCAGAUCCUGUCUGCCUUCAAGAUGCGGGUGAAGGUCCAGGACAAGCAGGAUAUGGAUCUGCUCACUGGCUUCCACCUGAUGGACGGGAAGGUCCACCUUCUCAUCCUGGAAGGCCUGGCAGACCAAGGCUUGAAGCAGCUGUGGGAGAAACACCAGAGUAGAUCAGCCCCUUCUGAGCAUGGAGCAUGCAAGGUGUUGUACAACUCAAAGCUCCUGUUUAGCCACCGUCUCUAUGCAGACCUGGAGACCAUUCUGUACCACGUGCACCUGUUCAAGCCCCUGUCGCUGCUCAUGCGGCACCCAGCACUCUACGUGCGCAACACUGUGCCACGCAGAGCCUUCCUGGCGCUGGCCAGGAUCUAUGACAUCUGCCACAAUAGCACUAAGCUCAGGGAGGUGAUUGUGAGAGACUUGCUGCCUUCCUCUGCCAUGAUCAAAGACCUGAGCCAAGAGUUCGGGAUGCCCAUUUCACAAGAAGAACUCACAGGUGGAACACUGUUGACCACAGUACCUCUGUCCACUUCCAACACUGAAUGCACCCAAAGGCAGACUUCUACUCUCAUUUGCAAGAUCCGUGCCCACAAGGAGAAAUAUCUACAGUGGCGGAAUGCAAUGUUGCUAAAAAACAAAGGCCAGAAGAACAGCCUGAUCCAGAAAAAUAUCACUGAAGUCUCUCAGGUCAAGAAGCCUCCUAAGGUCACAGUAAAGAUGAUUAGAAUUUCACCACUUGCCAACAAGGCCGUGUACAACUAUAGUAUUCAGACCCUGAAUUCAGCAGAACUUGCCAAGAAGGAGAUGUACAAAGAGAUGGCCAAGGAGCCAGGAAGAAGAUUCACAUACUCACAGAAUUACCUAUCAGCCAUUGUGGAGCCUCAGGACUCAGAGGAAGAGAAGAAGAAAGCCCAGAAGAAGUCUCGCCAGGCCUGGCUCACAGCCAAUGGGUUCCAAGUGUUAGGACUUCAGAGCGACACUGAAAGCCAUCAUCAUGAUCUCAGCCUGCCCCCCAUUGGAGGGCUGAAUGAGGAGUGGAAGGCAAGCGAACUGUUUGCUAAUGUGCUGAAGCCUGUGUUGGAUCGAGACAGGUGGAGCUGGGAACAGCGCCACUUGGACUUUGAUCUGUACAAGAAGCCACCAGCCUUCUUGGAGCUGCCCCCUGGUGUAGUUUCAAAGUCCAUGGCAGGUAAGACAGCACCUUUCUGAGCUGAAACUCUUGAUGUGCUGGCAGGCAAAGCUCUGGCUCACUUUGCAUCCCCAUUUCUGCUUGGGGUUUUGGAAUGCAGCCAAAAUCUGUAUUCUAGAGAAUGACCAGGGUUGGUCUGUUAUACACUGUGCUAGAAAAUAGGAGGCCUGAGUUCUAGUCCCAUGUGUGAUUAUGGUUGUGCAAGUUUGAGCACAUAUUUUGCCUGAUUUGGGCAUUUGGUAAAAGGGGGUGAAGGCCUGUGUGAGAGCUUCUGGAGCUUCAAUGCUGUCACCCAGGCCCCUGGACCCAGGCCCAGUCAGUGCAUGAGGACUGGGUCUUAUGGCUAAGCUACUGCCAGUCUUCCAGGGAGACAAGCAGCAGUUUUGCUACCCUAUACUCCUGAGUACUCUUGUCUUCCUCUUCAUCCCUGUUUAUGAAGACUGAACCUCAAGAGCAUUUAAAAGUUGAUA